AGCGCGAGCGCGUCCCUAUCCGUCCCCACGCGGUGGCGAGCGCCCAGCGGCUGCCGCGCGCACCUGCGGGUCCCCACGGCGGGCGUUGCCUCGGCAUCUGCAGGCGCCGCCUGGACUGCGGGAGCCGCGCCCGGGCCGCCCGGAGCCGGAGCAGAGAUGAGCUGCCACCCGGACCGCGAGCGCCCGCUGGACGGAGAUAUAGAUCCACAAGAGAUGGUUUCCAGCAGGAAGAACACUGUUUUCGUGGAUGGAGUCAUACUGAAUGGCCCCACAACAGAUGCAAAAGCAGGAGAAAAAUUUGUCGAAGAGGCCUGUAGACUAAUAAUGGAAGAGGUGGUUUUGAAGGCUACAGACAUCAAUGAGAAGGUCUGUGAGUGGCGGCCCCCUGAACAGCUGAAACAGCUCCUUGACUUGGAGCUGAGGGACACAGGAGAGCCACACCACCGGCUGUUGGAACUCUGCCAGGACGUCAUACGCUACAGCGUCAAGACCAACCAUCCAAGAUUUUUCAACCAGUUAUAUGCUGGACUUGAUUAUUACUCCCUGGUGGCCAGAUUUAUGACAGAAGCAUUAAACCCAAGUGUUUAUACGUAUGAGGUGUCCCCAGUGUUUCUGUUAGUGGAAGAAGCGGUUCUGAAGAAAAUGAUUGAAUUUAUUGGCUGGAAAGAAGGGGAUGGAAUAUUUAACCCAGGUGGUUCAGUGUCCAAUAUGUAUGCCAUGAAUUUAGCCAGAUACAAGUACUGUCCUGAUAUUAAAGAAAAGGGGCUGUCUGGCUUGCCAAGAUUAAUCCUUUUCACAUCGGCAGAGUGUCAUUACUCUAUGAAGAAGGCGGCCUCCUUUCUUGGGAUUGGUACUGAGAAUGUUUGCUUUGUGGAAACAGAUGGAAGAGGUAAGAUGAUACCCGAGGAGCUGGAGAGGCAAGUGUGGCAAGCCAAGAAAGAGGACGCAGCUCCAUUCCUUGUCUGUGCCACAUCUGGUACCACGGUACUGGGGGCCUUUGAUCCUCUGGAUGAGAUAGCGGAUGUCUGCGAGAGGCAUGGCCUCUGGCUCCACGUGGAUGCUUCCUGGGGUGGCUCAGCCUUGAUGUCAAGGAAGCACCGCAAGCUUCUGCACGGCAUCCACAGGGCUGAUUCUGUGGCAUGGAAUCCACACAAGAUGCUGAUGGCUGGGAUUCAGUGCUGUGCUUUCCUUGUAAAAGACAAAUCUGACCUUCUUAAGAAAUGCUACUCUGCCAAGGCAUCUUACCUCUUCCAACAGGAUAAAUUCUAUGAUGUCAGCUAUGACACGGGAGACAAGUCUAUCCAAUGUAGCAGAAGACCAGAUGCAUUCAAGUUCUGGAUGACCUGGAAGGCCCUGGGCACAUUAGGCCUUGAGGAAAAAGUUAAUCGUGCUCUCGCUUUAUCUAGGUACCUAGUAGAAGAAAUCAAGAAAAGAGAAGGAUUCAAAUUACUGAUGGAACCUGAAUAUGCCAAUGUUUGCUUUUGGUACAUUCCACCGAGCCUCAGAGAGAUGGAGGAAGGACCUGAAUUCUGGGCAAAACUUCAUUUGGUGGCCCCGGCCAUUAAGGAGCGGAUGAUGAAGAAGGGGAGCCUCAUGCUGGGCUACCAGCCCCACCGGGGGAAGGUCAACUUCUUCCGGCAGGUGCUGAUCAGCCCUCAAGUCAGACGGGAGGACAUGGACUUCCUCCUGGAUGAGAUAGACCUUCUGGGUAGGGACAUGUAGCUGUGGUUUUUGAUCCCCCAGAGGCACAGGUCCUGCCCUGGAGGGUUACAGAUCCAGGGCAUCUGGGGACAUAUAGGAGAUUGCAGCCCUUCUGGUGAGAAAUAGGAAACAUGCCCCAUCCUUGCCCAGCAAAACCAAAAUGCUAAGCAAGUAGUGUUAAGGACUCUUUAGCUGCCUGGGUGCUACUGCUGCAAUAAAGGAUUUUCUCACGGAUGAUCCCUGGGGCAGAGCCUGGGAGAGAGUUUAGUGAGUACUACGUGGGCUCUGGGUUCUAAGCUUUCAUUUCUCUUGAAAGAAUAUCGAAAUUAGUGGGUUAAAGCCGUCGUUCUCACAGUGUGAUCCCUACAUGAGCAGCACCUGGAAACAUGUUAGAAAUGCAGGUUCUCAGCCCCGCGCCAGACCUACUGAAUCAGAAACUCUGGGGGUGGGCUGGGUAUUCUGAAUUUUAAGGAGUCUUCCACGUGAUUCUGAGGCAAGGUAAAAUCUGAGAACCACUAGUUUAGCACAACUUUGAAUUGAGUGAAUAAGCACUCUGAUGUGUUGCCAGCAAAAGGUUAUCUAAUAUUUCAGUGGUUCCCGAGUUGGUCUCUGAAAAUGCAGCUGUGGCAUCUGUAGCACAAGGGUCAUCAGAAGUAUAUCAAAGCUGUUUUUUAAAAGAGAAACUAUAUAAGAUGGUUACUUUAUAAAAAGUAUCUUUUAUGCAGACUAAAUGUUUAUUCUCAAAAGUUAAAAUUAGCCAUUAUCUAUUAUAAAUUAUUUAAAUUAGAGAUAAAGAUAAAAGACAAACACUUUGUAGUGUAGUCCUUUCAAUCAAAGCAAUAGUCCUAAUUCACUUCCCAAAAUCAUUCGUGUCAUUAAUUGGGAGUAGACGAUAGGUAUACAUGUCUCUAAUUAGGUACCUCUUUAAGCUUGAGGGGCCCUUUUCUUAUCUUGUUCUCUACUUGUAGGAAAGAACCAGAAUGAAGUCCAGGGUUAUACAACACUCCCCUUCUCAAGCUUUGAAAUGUCAGUGUAGACUAUUAAGUGAUUUAUAUUGGGCAGAGAAUCUGGGAAUUAGAGGUCUUUCAGGUCAAACACCUCCUCCAUUUCUCCUGGGAAUGGAUAAUUGUAAUUCUAUCUAAUCCUGGUCCUAGAUUUCUAGCAGAAUUUUCUUUGACUAAGAAAUAAACAGAAUUCAGAGGUGUGGGUGCAGAGGUCAACAAAGUAUAAUUAUGAAUCUAAUUAGAGCUGUGAUUUGGAAGGCACGUGAUUGAAGAUUGUUCAAGUACUAGACGUAGCAUAUUCAAUAAGCAUUUUGUAUGCCUUCCCUAAUUACUUAAAUUGUGAAGACUUAAAAAGCAGAUGUGUACUAUUUGCUUUUAUUCCAUAUUCUCAUUUUAGGGUGUGUCAUUUCUCAAUAUCUCCAUCAGUCAAAGAAAAUUUUAAUCUUUCUCUGAAUUACUUCAAUCUCUGGUGAUAGGUAUUUGUGUGUGUGUAUUGCAUUUCUUGUUGCCUUUUGGUUUUAACGUCUUCCUAAAAUGUUCUGAAACUGAUGUUUGCAAUAAUUUGGGUUUAAUGAAAUAAAAAGCAAU